AAGUAUAAACUCUGUGUCUCCUUCAUCGUUUCUCCCCCGUUGCCGCACUUGCUUUUGCUUCUCCUCAGAGUCUUUGGAUAUUGAUUCGUCUGCUCUCCAAGCUAAUCAUUCAAGAUGCAAAACGAGGAGGGACAAGUCACAGAGCUCUACAUUCCUAGGAAAUGCUCUGCUACUAACCGGUUGAUUACAUCCAAGGAUCAUGCCUCUGUGCAGCUCAACAUUGGUCAUUUAGAUGCUGAUGGUGUUUACACUGGACAAUUCACCACCUUUGCUCUCUGCGGUUUCGUCCGUGCUCAGGGAGAUGCAGACAGUGGUGUAGACAGGUUGUGGCAGAAGAAGAAGCUCGAAGCCAAACAAAACUAAAAAAAGCUUUAAGUUUGUCUUUUGUCUUUGAUCAGAUUCUUGUUAUUUUGUUUCUUCUCUCGAAAGAUUUAUCUCAUACUGAAGUAAUGAUUUUGGCUUGAGUCUUUGGAACUUCAUUGCUUUUUUGUGUUCAAUUUUUUUCUCUAGUACGUUAAA